GGCCCACCCCCCACACCCCCCUUGUGUUGUGUGUGUGUAUAUAUACACACAACUUCAAAGCUUUCUUCUUUGGAUCUGCUAAAACAAAAGAGCAGAGCCCUUCACUAAGGCUGAUCAUCCACCUCGAAGUGGACUCUUAUCCUUGUCCUAUCGAAGAAUUUUCUUUCUAGAGACAAGGGACAUGAAUCAUCAUCAACAAGAUCAAACCGGUAACCUAGGACUGGAUCUGAAACUGAAUCUUCUGUCGUCGCCAUUAACACAAUUCGACCCUUCUUUAUCCGUGGAGAGCUCAUCAUCGUGGUCGUCGGCAGCAGAGGAGGCCAAAUCAAUGGUGGCGGUGGUGGGUUGCCCUAAUUGCAUCAUGUACAUCAUCAUGUCCUUAAAAGGUAAACCAAGGUGUCCGAGGUGCAACAACAAAGUUUUGGUCGAUUUUCUUGGAGGAGAGAAAAAAACAAUGUCAAAGAAGAACAUGAUCAAUAAUGUUAGUUAAACCCUAGCUUUGGUUUGUUUGUUCCUCACAUAUUGUUGUCCAUAUAUGGAUCUCUGUUUCAUAUAUAUAUAUAUAUAUCCUUUUACUCUCCUAUAUAUGUACGAAACAUGCGUUGAUA